AUGUCCACCACAGCCCCCCCAGCCUACGAGCCCCACAGCUCCCCGCCCUCCUACGACUCCCUCGUCGACAAAGUCUGCCAGCUGGUCGGGUCGGACCCGACCCCGCAGAAGUUCAUUGAUGCCGCCGCCACGCUCUCCGACAGUGAGAUCGAGAUUCUCAAGGACGGCGGUGAUUUCAGCGACCCAAUCAAGAACGAACACGACAACAAAGUCUUCAGCACGGGCGCAGCAAAAGGGCUGGCAUCGCCCGAGUGUGCGGAGCACCUGCGCCAAGCGUCCAACGGGGCAGUCGAGGCGUCGAACGAGAUCGAGCGCCUCUUCGUGAGCCUGCACCUCAAGAUCGCGCAGAUUGACCGCAUUCAUCAUUCGGGUUUUGAGCCGAAGCUGGUCGAGAACCAGCUGGCAUAUCGAGUGGUUCUCGCCGACAGUCGGAAGCUUGCGACCGACAUCGCAGUCCAUGGCAAUCGAUUCGAUGACAUGAUCAUCCCCUUCUGCUUCGAUGAAAGUAUUUCCGUGGACAGCCGACGCACGGUGCUGAACCGGUUCAUUGAUCAAAUGGAUACAGCGCAAGCCGAUGCCCGAGCCAUGGAGCACAAAUUCAGCGACCUCCAGACGCACUUCACCUCGUUCAUCGCCGACUUCUCCGUCUGGGCCCGUGACCGGGAAGAGCAGCUGAACCAGGAGAUUGCCCGGGUGCUCGAGGAGCUCGAAGAGCUCCGCGACAAGCUGGCGUCGCUGAAUACCUCGAUCCUCGCGCUUGGGGGUGGCGCGCUUCUGCUGCCGGUCCUCACCGCGAUGGCCGCCGCCAGUGGCAUCCUCGGGCCUUUCCUUGCGAUUGGUGGGCUGAUUGCUCUCGGUGUGAGUGUUGCGGCGAUUGUCUCGAUGGCGGCGCUUGCAGUCGCCAAAGCCGCCACCGAGUCGCAAAUCCGCACCAAAGAGCGGCAGAAAGCCUCGCUUGAGAACCAGAUCGAGCAGAUCCGGCUGGCCCGGCAGGAGCUCAUGGACGUGGGCGAGGACAAGCUCGAGGCCUUCCGCGUGAACCUCAAUGUACUGCAGUCGGUCUGGACCAGUGUCGCGGCUGAUACGCGGAUUAUCUCCGGGUAUCUGGAUGGCGCGCUGGACAAUACGGAUAUUCCGGAGUGGAUGCAGUGGGAACUGGAUAAUGCGAACUCGGUUUACAAGCAGAUGGCGGAGUACUUGACCAACUAUGCGAAGGGGACUCCGAGCUAA